CCCCUGUUCCCCCCUCCUCGCCCCCCCCCAGACAUGCCCUCCAGCCAACCCAUCGACAUCCCCGACGCCAAGAAGCGCCCCAAGAAGAAGAAGCGUUGCAGAGCCACCGACAGCUUCUCGGGGCGCUUUGAAGAUGUGUACCAGCUGCAGGAGGAGGUGUUGGGGGAAGGGGCCCACGCCCGAGUGCAGUCCUGUGUCAACCUCAUCACCAACAAGGAGUACGCCGUCAAGAUCAUCGAGAAGCGCCGUGGGCACAUCCGCAGCCGCGUGUUCCGGGAGGUGGAGAUGCUCUACCAGUGCCAGGGCCAUAGGAACGUGCAGUGCACGAUGUGCAAAGAGUGUGGUGAACAUGUAGAGAGCACGCAAACUACAUGCAGGGACAUGCAACAAACGUGCAAGGGGGACAUGUAGCAAACAUGUAAUGAACAUGUAGGGAACAUGCAGAGAGCGUGCAGGCUGCGGGGUGCAGGUGGCCCUGCUGAUGUGUGCUGUGUGUUCAUUGUAUGUUCAUUGUGUGUACCCCACGUGCUCCUUGUGUGUUCAUUGCAUGUUCCCUGCAUGUAAAUUGCAUGUUCAUUACAUGGUUGUGCCUUCCCUGCGUGUUCUCUGUAUGUUCAUUGCAUGUUCUCUGUAUGUUCAUUGCAUGUUCCUUGUGUGUUUGUUGUAUUUGCCCUGCAUGUUAUUUGCAUGGUUCCUUUGUGUGUUUAUUUGUGUUCUUUGCAUGUUUAUUACAUGUUCUUUGCAUGUUCCUUGCAUGUUCUUUGCAUGGCUCCUGAAUGUUCUUUACAUGUUCCCUUAUGUUCAUAGCACGCUCUCUGCAUGUUCCUUGCCUGUUUGUUGCAUGUCCCUUGUAUGUUCAUUGCAUGUUCAUUACAUGUUUGUUAUGUGUUCUGUUCAGCGUGCGUUGCAUGUUUAUUACAUGUUCCUUGCAUGUUUAUUACAUGUUGUGUUCUGUUCAGUGUGUUGCAUGUUUAUUACAUGUUCCUCACAUGUUAGUU